AUGGAAAAACUGAAGCAAAAGAAGAAGAAGAAGGUCUCGGAGUCAUACCAAAUCCCAUCUGAUCUCCUUUUAGAUAUAUUCUCUCGAGUCCCGGGAAAGUCAGUAGGUAGGUUUCGUUGCUUAUCGAAAUUCUGGAGAUCAAAACUUGGCCUUCGUUAUUUCACUAAGCUGUUCCGCACCAAUUCUUUAGCUUGUCCACGGCUCUUGUUCUCCAUCAGAGUUGAUGAAAAUUUAUUAUUCUUCUCUUCACCCCAACCUCAAAAUCCAGUUGACAACUCUUCUCUUGUAGCAACCCGUUACCGGAUGAAAUUUCGCAAAAAUCUUCCAUAUCGAGUGUCUCCACCGCUCAGUGGAUCAGUCUUUCUUCAUAGAAGGGGAAGAAAGGAGCGGGUGAUCUGUAACCCCAUCACGGGAGAGUCCAUAACCUUACCCAAAAAGAAGGAUUACUAUGGAAGAGGAGCCAAUACUCAUUGGGUUUUGACAUUGGGGACUCGAAAACUUAAAUGGAGGAAAACGGUGAAAUGCAAACAACAUGAGGCUAGAUAUGGUGGAAUAGGCAUAAACGGUGUUUUGUAUUACAGAGCUUACUAUGUUCAAUCUUCUAUGAUAGUUUGUUUUGACUUUAGCUCCGAGAAGUUCAGAUUUGUUAAGUUGCAUGAAGAAAUGUCAGAUGGGACUCUGAUCAACUACAAAGGUAACUUAGGGUUAUUAGUAAAACAUGAGCGUGAAGUUGUGUUGUGGGUUCUUGAAAAAGAUGGUGGGAAACAUAAAUGGUCCCAAAGUAUAAGCGUAAGCAUAAACGACGAGAUCGGGAUCCAUUUUAUCAUUGUUGGAAUGACCGGUGCAGGUGAAAUUGUGUUUGUGCCGUACCAUAGAGAAGACCCUUUCUACCUUGUCUACUACAAUAUCGAGAGGAACACUUUUGCGAGAGUCAAUGGUCAUAUUCAGGGAUCUGAAGAGUUUAAGAAUCGUAAAAUUCUCGUUACCACCUUUCUAGACUAUGCUGAGAAUAUGAAGCUUUUGUAA